AUGACGGCUCCUCCUGCAUCAACAAACGGCGUGGCCAAUGGCCACCACAAUGGCACCUUCCACAGCGACUCUGAACCGGAUAGCGUAAGCACCGAUACCGGUAGCGACGAUGCAGCUAGCUUGGACAGCGCACAAAGCGCCGAGGGCAGCACCACGAACGGCACGGCAACGACAAACGGCAAUGGAACGCACAGGGCCAGCAGACCGCGGAGGAAAAUGAAGCGCAAGCAAUCAAGUCCGAUGAUGCCGGCUUUCAUGGUCUCGGCGCCGGGCAAGGUUAUUGUGUUUGGUGAACAUGCAGUCGUACACGGCAAGGCCGCGAUAGCUGCCGCCAUCUCGCUGCGAUCGUACCUCCUCGUCACAACGUUGUCCAAGUCGAAGAGGACAGUAACGCUCAAGUUCCCAGAUAUCGACUUUGACCACAGCUGGAAUAUCGACGAGCUGCCAUGGUCCGUCUUUCAACAACCAUCGAAAAAGAAGUACUACUACUCGCUGGUGACGGAGCUCGACCUUGAGCUUGUGGCUGCCCUCCAGCCCUUCCUGGCCACUGUCUCGCCGGAUCAGCCGGCCAACAUCCGCAAGGUACACCAGAACUCGGCCGGUUCGUUCCUUUACAUGUUCCUAUCGUUGGGCUCUCAGUCGUUCCCCGGCUGCCAAUACACACUGCGCUCGACGAUCCCACUGGGUGCAGGCUUGGGCAGCAGCGCUACGAUCGCCGUGUGCAUGUCAGCCGCGCUCCUGUUGCAGCUGCGCACGCUGUCGGGCCCGCAUCCGGAUCAGCCGGCAGACGAGGCGCGUACCCAGAUCGAACGCAUCAACCGCUGGGCUUAUGUCUACGAGAUGUUCAUCCACGGCAACCCGUCCGGUGUCGACAACACGGUGUCGACGCAAGGGAAAGCCGUCAUGUUCCAGCGUACAGACUACGAUAAGCCACCAUCGGUGCGCCCACUGUGGGAUUUCCCUGAGCUACCGCUGCUGUUGGUCGACACGCGCGUGCCCAAAUCGACCGCGCACGAGGUGGCCAAGGUCGCAAGGCUUAGGAAUACUCACCCAAAACUUGUCGGUAGCAUUCUCGAUUCCAUCGACAAGGUUAGCGAAUCGUCAGCCGCGGUGCUGGGCGAGGACGACUUUGACACCACCAGCGAGGCAGACCUCGCCCGUGUUGGCGAGCUGAUGACUAUCAACCACGGCCUGCUAGUCUCGCUGGGCGUGUCGCAUCCUCGCCUAGAGCGAGUGCGGGAACUGGUCGACCACCAAGGGAUCGGCUGGACCAAGCUGACGGGCGCGGGUGGCGGUGGCUGCUGCAUCACGCUACUGAAGCCAGAUGUUGACCGGGCCAAGUUGCAAAAGCUGGAGGGACAGCUGGAUGAGGAAGGGUUCCAGAAGUUUGAAACAACGCUGGGUGGAGACGGUGUGGGUGUGCUGUGGCCAGCAGUGCUGAAGAACGGCAUGGACGAGGACGACGAGGGCGGGAUGGAGAUUGAUUUGGAGAAGUUCCUCAGCGCCGAGGGCAAUGAGGGUGUGGAGAGGUUGGUGGGUGUGCAUGGGGGAGGGGGUGAGAGAGAAGGUUGGAAUUUCUGGAGGGUUGAGAGUUAG